AUGUCGUGGCCGUACCAGUUUAUUUCUCUCUCCGAAGACGAAAAGCUGCAUCGCAGAGAGCUGCUUGAUCUUCGAGGGUAUUACGCACAAUGGUCAAUUAUUGUGGUCAUUGUUGCCAUUCGAAUUUUUCGCUUUACUACAAGAUCCACUGCUAAGCGGGAUGCCCGGGUUUCUGCAAAGACCCGACACUAUCUUGUCUGCGGACUGUGGCUAUCAUGGCUUUUAGGCCUUUCAAUAUGGAACAGUGGAGAUGACUACCUCCAUUUGACCAAAGCAUUAGGCCAAGUUGGCCUGUCCCAACUGCCACUGCAGGUUCUAAUGUCUCCGGCAUACAUCUCUCAGCCGGCAGCCUCAUCUGUACUAUCUGUUCUGACCGGUAUUUCUCAGCCAGCAUUGACACCGUACCACCGUCUCUUUGGUCGGGCAGUUGUCUCCCUCCUGGUGGCUCACGCCGCGAUGUAUACACUGUUCUUCGUGCAAUCCAGCCAUCCUGAAUUCGGUACAUUACUCUUCAAGCGAGUCCAAGACUUGGAUGUCCAAUGUGGCCUGGUCGCAAUAUUAUUGGCGGUGCUGCUCAUUCUUUUCGUGCGGCCUGCUUCCCAGAAGGGCCUCCAGGCUUGGCUUGUACAGGGAACCAUUCAAGAACGCAGAAAGAUGUUCUACUUUGUUCAUGUCUCUUUGGUAGUCUUAUUGUGUGUUGCGGCUUAUUCUCAUGUUAAGCAGGCGCAGAAGUACAUACUGCAGGCUUUAACAGCUUCUUUACUCAAUUUGGUAUGCUCUUGGGUGGUAUGUUAG